GAUUCACUUGAUAGCGUGGGUGGAUUCUAAAGAAAGUAGACUAAUAUAUUGUUAAAAAUGGGACAACACGUAUCUAGAACUGAUUUUGAAUGGACUUAUACCGAGGAACCUCACGCAAGUCGACGAAAAAUCAUUCUGGCAAAAUAUCCACAAAUCAAGAAACUAUUUGGCUAUGAUCCUAAUUUUAAAUGGGUUGUCACAGGCAUGGUUUUUAUUCAGUUUGUAUCAAUGUUUAUUGUUAAGGAUCUCAGUUACCCUGUGCUGUUUCUAAUGGCUUAUUGCUUUGGUGGAGUUAUUAAUCAUUCUCUCAUGUUAGCUGUUCAUGAAAUUUCACAUAAUCUGGCUUUCGGACAUUCAAGACCAAUGGCGAAUAAACUAUUUGGAUUUUUUGCAAAUUUACCUAUUGGUAUUCCUAUGUCAAUUAGCUUUAAAAAAUAUCAUUUGGAGCAUCACAGAUACCAAGGUGAUGAAAGAUUAGACACAGAUUUGCCAACCUUACUAGAAGCAAAAUUAUUUUGUACCACGUUUGGGAAAUUCUGCUGGGUCCUUCUUCAACCAUUUUUCUACUCCUUCAGACCUCUUAUUACUUAUCCCAAAACACCAACAAUAUUAGAAUAUGUUAACUUGGUGAUACAGUUAAUUUUUGAUGCAUUUGUAUGGUACUUUUUUGGUGGAAAAGUUUUAGUGUACUUCAUCGUUGGUGAAGUUUUAGCAAUGGGUCUUCAUCCAGUUGCAGGACAUUUCAUAUCUGAACAUUAUAUGUUCAAAAAGGGAUAUGAAACAUACAGCUACUAUGGACCUUUGAAUUUUAUCACAUUUAAUGUUGGAUAUCACAAUGAACAUCAUGACUUUCCUGCAGUUCCUGGUUCAAGAUUACCUGAAGUUAAAAGAAUAGCUGCUGAAUUUUAUGACAACUUACCGCAGCAUAACUCUUGGAUUUCUGUUUUAUAUGAUUUUAUAAUGGAUCCAGAAAUAGGUCCAUAUGCUCGCAUGAAAAGAAAAUACCGUGGUCUGGAGUCAUAAACGUAACUCAAUUC